CCCCGUCCCUACCGACACCGGUCACAGUGCUUUAAGCAUGGCUGCCAUUGGCGUUCACUUCGGUUACACAUGCGCUUGUGUGGCUAUAUUGAAGGAGGGCCGAGCUGACGUCAUUGCUAAUGAUGCAGGAGACAGAGUGACUCCAGCUGUUGUCGCCUAUAGAGACAAUGAGAAGCUUGUGGGUAUCGCAGCGAAGCAAGGACGGGUCCGCAAUGCUGCCAACACAGUUGUCAAAGUCAAGCAAGUGCUGGGCAGAAGCUUUGAUGACGCAGAGACACAAGCUCAUAAAUCAGAGACCAAGUGUCAGGUGGUAAAUCGAGUUGGGAAGCCGUAUUAUGAGAUUACUGCAGGAGAACAACCACAGUAUGUUGCACCGGAGAAUGUUGCCAAACUCAUCUUCCACAAAAUGAAGGAAACGGCUCAGUCAGCUCUGGGCUCCGAUGUCACCGAUGCCGUCAUUACCGUCCCAUUUGAGUUUGGAAACACUCAGAAGCGUGCGCUGAGGGAGGCAGCUGAAGCCGCGGGGUUCAACGUCCUCAGGUUGAUCCAUGAACCUUCUGCAGCUCUGUUAGCCUACAACAUCGGACAGGACUGUUCCGCUCCAAAGAGCCAUGUUCUGGUUUACAAACUGGGCGGGACCUCUCUGAGCGUGACGGUGCUACAGGUCAACGGUGGAAUGUUCCGGGUUCUGAACACCCACACCGACCACAGCAUCGGUGGGGAGAGUUUUACGCAGGCCUUGGCCCAGCAUCUCGCCACCGAGUUCAAACGCACCUUUAAACAUGACGUGAGCAGUAAUCCGCGGGCCAUGCUUAAGCUGAUGAACGGCGCAGACAUGGCCAAGCACUCACUAUCAUCUCUGGGAUCAGCCAACUGCUUUGUUGACUCCCUGUACGAUGGCGUGGAUUUUGACUGCAAUGUCUCUCGAGCUCGAUUUGAGCUGCUCUGCUCCUCGCUCUUCAACAAGAGCAUCCAGCCAAUCAGACGGCUCCUCGAGGAGACCAAACUCUCCAGCAGUGACAUCAACAAGGUGGUUCUUUGUGGCGGCUCGGCCCGCAUCCCUCGUCUGCAGCAGAUGAUGCGCGACAUGUUCCCUGAUGUGGAACUCCUCAGUUCAGCUCCUCCUGAUGAGGUCAUUGCAGUGGGGGCGGCCCUCCAGGCAGGUUUAUUGGUCGGCAGGGACCACCUUGUUGCUGAUGACGAAUCUGUCCAAGUGGAUGUGUCUGCCUCAGACAUACUAGUCAAGGAGGUGGAUGAAUCCGGAGGGGAGGCAUUCACCGUUUUACUGCCAUCCGGCUUGCCGCUCCCUGCACGCAGACAUCACACCCUUAGCGGAGGAGGCCAACUCUCAUCGGUUUGCCUCGAGAUUUACCAGAGAUGUGCUGCAGAGCAGCCAGAGAAGCUUGCCAAGAUUAUCCUGCGUGACCUGCAGCCGCAAGAGGCAUACCACAACUUUGAUACUGUAGUCACCAUGACAAGGGAUGGUUCCGUUCACGUUUCCUGUGUGGAGCAGAACUCUGGGAGGUCAGAGGUCAUCACCAUAGCCGCUGCAUCCUGAUAUAACUGCUGUACAAGUCCAAAACACAGUACAUGCCAUCAAACGCGGUUCCAGUCCAAUUCUUUUUUUUACCGCAUAGAAUUCAAUAAAAACUUCAAUUCAAGUCUA